UACAAUUUAAAAGGGAUGCGUCCCGAAAGUGCAUCGUCAGUCAAGCAAAUCACUACGUCUGUGCCACAUAUCAAAAUCUUCCGCCAACACGCCGGUUACCAAUCAAUCAAUAUGAAGUCGGUUUUCUUGACUUUCCUGAUAACUGUUGCUCUCAACUUAGUUGCUGCAGAGAAUUGUCAUCAAUGUGUAAACGACGAAAUUGGAAUAGAGACAUUUUUUGAUGAUCCCAACGUCAUGAAUAAUACCAAAUGCUUGGAUGACCUUGAAAAUCUGGAAGAGAGUGCAAAGUGUACAAGGCACCAUGUUUGCUACAAGAGAUUAAUUGUGAAGGAUGAAAAGACUUUUGUGGAGCGAGGAUGCCUGAAUAAAACUGAUUUGGGGUACGUCAUUUUUGACGAUUCGAUAACGGAUGAAUGCGGUUCUACAUCAAUGUUUGGCAGUGAUUGGAGUUUCUGCGUUUGCCAAGGCGAUAAGUGCAAUGGUGGUGGCACUGUUUUGGCAACUAUAACUCUCACUGUUUUGGCAGCCCUGACAUCCAAAUUUGCUUACUAGCGUCAUUAAACCUUGGGUCUUCAAAGAGCUUUGCUCAUAUUUUCGACUACGUAUUAAUUGAUAAGUUGCAUUGAUGAUUAAAUAGAAAAAUAAAAGUUGCGUGCUA